AUGCCCGACAUUAAGAUUUUGAAUCUGAUCUCUACAGUCAUGAACAAUGAAACUGUCCCAGAGGCGUUUUGCAGAGUGGUUGAAAGCCUCGCACUUGUCCAGGGCAUUCUCCGAGCUACCAGGGAGCGCAUUAGGACAGAUUUCUACGAGGAGGUCUACCAGAUGAUCGAGACUGUCGUGAGAACGUGCAAGGUCAAGGCAGAGCACUUGAAUGCAAUAUUCCAUGCUGUUGCUACGACGGAAGGUAUAUUCAUGCUCGAACGCUACCGAGCUGUCGCGCGACGAUUGGGAAAGGGAAACGAGGUGGAAGUCUUAGCAAUGGAGAUGUUGCAAGAUAUGCGCUUCUUGGUAGAGAAUCGCGCAGUUCAAACGACAACUGAAGCCAGCGAUGCGCAAAUCGAUGAAGCUAUUGAGUAUCUGCCUCGCGUACCGCCCUCGAUGCCAGACGAAAGUUUAAUACAUUCUGUACCCGUUAAUGAAUGCAUGGACAACUACGGCAAGUACAUCAGUAUUCACUUUACCUUUGGAAACACCUUCAGCAGCAGCGGCACCGUCAGCAACGGCACUAUCAUCGAAGACACAGUCACCUGGGUCCACGAUGUCCAGCGAGCUGUAGAAAUACACCCCUUGAUUUGGGAGCUCCCUUGGUUUGAACAAAGUAGUAGACCUCCGGUGAGACUCCCGUGGAAUCCCUGUGUGACGAAGGAUUGCGUAUUACCAAACGGUCAUUUGUCUUCACACGAAGUCUGGAAGCCAUGCACCAUUGAAGACUGUAGCCGACACCAAGGCCACGGCGGAGACCACAUAAUGAGAAGUGAAGAGUUGAGUGAGAUUAAUGCUAGGUUCGAAAAGAGAGCUAAGGCCGCCCAGAUGUUUUGGAGAGAGCUCGCGGAUACGGUGCUUGAAGCCAUGGGGUAUCCUCAGCCUGAGGAUCGAUGGAGAUCUAAGAUGGCGAGAACCAUCAUAAAACCUUUCGAGAACACCAGAAGAAAGCCACUGAUUCAAUCUGCGAGCUUACCCAGAGGAAUACCUUCAUCACCCUAUCGUAAGUUUGUUCUCGAGAAUCGACAGAUCCGCUUAUUCCAAUUGGAUCCUGCAACGACGACAAGUAUCACGGGCUCUUUCAUCUGCGCAGAGCUAUCGUCGCGUCCUGCAAAUAUCCAUGAGCGCAACCAUGAAGUCGGACUUAUGCGACAGAUCUACAACAGCGCCGCCAAGGUCUAUGUGUGGCUCGGGCAGGAGGACGAGAGUAGUGACAUCGCGAUGCGGUUCGUGGUAGCGCAGGCUUCCAAGCCUCUCCGUCCAAGAGGUUCAGGAUACCAUGCCCUAUGGUCGAGGCGGGAAGGCAAAGCCCUUCACGCCUUAUGCGAUCGACGUUACUGGAGGCGCAUGUGGAUUAUUCAAGAACUCCUUCAUGCUAACGAUAUUACCGUCUGGUGCGGCUCGCUCAACUUUUCGUGGGACGAUAUAGAGAAACUCUAUCUUAAGCUCAAGACAAUUGAAGAGUCCCACUGGUUCGCGCACCACGCGAGAGGAUCGAGUACAGUACACCUAACGCCCAACGACUAG